AACAUGCAAUGGGGCUAUAUAAAGAUCAGGCAUCGCUGCGGCUUCUAACGUAGUGAGUAAUGCACUUGAAUGAAUAUCAAAAAUCCCCAUCACCAUCUCAGACCAACCAGCUAAUACACUAUUCUCCGACAACCGCCAGAUAAAGGCCCCUGCCGGUUCCUUCAAUAAAAAAAAAAGAAAAAGAAUGGUGACGGUGGAGGAGGUGAGAAAGGCCCAACGGGCGGAGGGUCCGGCGGCGAUCUUGGCCAUCGGCACCGCCACGCCGCCCAACUGCGUUGACCAGAGCACUUACCCUGAUUACUACUUUCGUGUCACCAACAGCGACCAUAUGACUGACCUCAAACAAAAGUUCAAGCGCAUCUGUGAGAAGUCAAUGAUCAACAAACGUUACCUGUACUUGACAGAGGAAGUGUUGAAAGACAAGCCCAACAUGUGCGAGUACAUGGCACCUUCCUUGGACGCGAGGCAAGACAUUGUUGUGGUAGGAGUCCCAAAGCUCGGAAAAGAAGCGGCCCAAAAGGCCCUCACGGAAUGGGGCCAGCCCAAGUCCAAAAUCACCCAUUUGGUGUUCUGCACCACCAGCGGCGUCGACAUGCCCGGCGCCGACUACCAGCUCACCAAGCUUCUUGGCCUCAAACCCUCCGUCAAUCGGCUCAUGAUGUACCAGCAGGGUUGCUUCGCCGGCGGCACCGUCCUCCGCCUCGCCAAGGACCUCGCCGAGAACAACCGCGGCGCCCGGGUUCUCGUUGUCUGCUCCGAGAUCACCGCCAUCAUUUUCCGUGGGCCGAGCGAUGCCAACUUGGACUCUCUGGUGGGCCAAGCCCUCUUCGGGGAUGGGGCCGCGGCGCUCAUAAUUGGAUCGGACCCGCUCCCGGGCUUGGAGAGGCCCUUGUUUGAGCUCGUGACUGCGGCCCAAACUCUCUUGCCCGACAGCCACGGGGCGAUCGACUUGCAACUUCGGGAGGUGGGCCUGACGUUCCACCUGCGGAAGGACGUCCCGGAGAUCAUAUCGAAGAACAUAGAGAAGAGUUUAAAGGAAGCGUUUCAACCUUUAGGAAUCUCCGAAUGGAACUCCAUAUUUUGGAUCGCGCACCCGGGUGGGCCGGCGAUACUAGACCAGGUGGAAGCGAAGUUGGGCCUGAGGCCCGAGAAACUUCGGGCCACGAGGCACGUGCUGAGGGAGUAUGGGAACCUGACCAGUGCUUGCGUCUUGUUCAUAUUGGACGAGAUGAGAAAGGCCUCGAAGGAAGAUGGGCUUAGCACAACUGGUGAGGGGCUGGAGUGGGGAGUACUUUUUGGAUUUGGGCCGGGCCUCACUGUCGAGACUGUUGUUCUCCAUAGCGUCUCCACCAAUUAAUUGCUCAAAACUCUUGGGGCCUGUUUGGUUGAAGGGGAGGGGAGCCUCUUGUUUGGUUUCAAAAUAUGGAGAGGAGGGCAUCCAAAAUUUAAUCAUCAAUUCUUUCCCUACCCCUCCAAAGUCCAAAUCAAUCCCUCAAUAUCAACAAAAAAAAAAAAAAAAAAAAAUCCCNCUCCGUCCCUGCUCUCUUCUUCCUCUUUUUUUGUCAAGAUUCUCUUGCCAUUGUCGUUAAAAUAAUAAUAAUAAUAAUAUGAGAAAAUAAUAAUGUUGCAAAAAAUAAUAAAAAUAAUAAUAUAAAUGAUCAAAUAAAUAAGAAAUAAAAAUAAAAAUAAUCAUACUAAUAACAAUGAUAAUUAUAAUUUAAUAAAUAAUAAUAAAAGUAAACAAUAAUAAAUAAAUAAAAAUUCAAAAAAUAAUGAAUAAAUAAUAAAAAGAUUAAUAAGUAAUAAAUAGUAUUUAAAUAAAUAAAAAAAUUAAAAUAAUGAAUAAUCAUAUUAAUCAUAAUGAUUAUUAUAAAUUAGUAAAUAAAAUAAAUAGUAAUAAAGAUAUAAAAAUAUAAAUAAAUGAAUAUAUAUAUACUAAAUUUCAGAAAAUAAUAAAUAAAUAAUAAAAUUAUAAAUAAAUAAGAAAUAAUAAUGAAAACAGUAUCAAUUAAAAAUUAAUAAUAAAUUAUAAAUAAAUUAAAAUAAUAAAUAUGUAAUAAACAUAAAGUAUAAAAAAUAAAAAAUAACAAGAAACAAAAUAAAUAUAAACAAAAUAAAAUAAUUAAACCUGUUAAAAAACUAGCACUAGUUAAAAUAAAUACUAUUUUUAAAAAAUAAAAAAUUAAAAGUAAAAUAUAAAAAUUAAAGUUAUCCCUCCCCUCCGCCAAUCAAAAAAGGUGAAGCCGUGAAGGAAAGGAGGUACUUUUUAAAACUCUUGCACAUGAUAUACCUUAAUUUGCAAUGAGCGUGUUCUUACUUCCCAAGUCAGUUUGUGGAUGUAUUGAAAGAACAAUGAACGCGUUCGUGUGGAAGGGCAGUGUUCCCCACAAGAGUGGCAUUCAUUAGAUGUUUUGGGGUCGACUCUCUGUUCCCAAGAAAUUUGGAGGAUUGGG